AUGGCAACACCACCACCACCACGACCAGAAGACCCCCACCCCCAAAACACCCCCUCACCAGCAGCCCUCCCCACCUGGCUCGCCUCCGCCCUGGCCCUAAACCGCACCCUCAACACCACGAGCACAACCACAAGCACCGCGUACCCACCACCAGCACACCCCACCACCCAGCAAGCAGCAGCAGCAGCGCUAGCACCACCCACGCCCCUCGCACCCCCGCCACCAACCACCCAACCCACCACCCCUCUCUACGCCUCCACACGCUCGACGCUGCUCCUCCUGCCCCCACCCCCGCCCACGCGCCUCCUCUCCCUCCGCCCGUGCACGCACGCCGUGCUCACGCUCUCGCGGCCCGUUGGCCCUUUUGUUUCCUCCUCCAGUACCAGCUCCAGCACCUCCGCAAACACCACCACCUCUACUUUCGCCCAAGGCGCAAGCGCAAGCACCCUCACCACCGUCGGUACCCUCACAACCACCACCCUCGGCGCCCCCACCCCCACCCCAACACGCCCCUGCGCCGCCUGCCGCGCCAGCAGCGGCCGCAUCCCAGCGCGCCCACCUCGUCCGCACCGUAACAGCCACUACCGGCACCGCGGGUACUACGACGCGCACGGCCCGCUCGCGUGGACGCCGUGUCGGGCGUGCCAUGGGCUGGGGUGGGUGGUGCGGGGGGAUGGCGUUGGUGCUGAGGGUGGGGGGUUAGGUUUAGGUGUAGGUGGGGAUGUUGGGGUGGGGUGGGGCGUUGUUUUGGAGGAGGGGGAAGGGGGUGAUGAGGGAGGGAGGUGUGAGUGUGCUUGGAGAGAGGAUGGAGGGCCGAUGGUGCUGCGGGUGGUGGAUGCGGUUGUGGGGGAUUUGGAGGAGGUGGGGACGGGGAUGGGGAUGGGGAGGAGGGUUUGUAGAGCGAGGGUUGAGAGGGAGGUUAGGUGGGUUGUGGGGGUUGCGUUGAUGGGGUUGGAGGAGGAUGAGAUACACAGUGUACAGUAG